AUGGCUCUCAACGUUGAACCCCCCACUGGAAGCUUCCCCGCCGCCGGCGGCAAGGCCACGCACGAGCUCUCCAACAACACCGACAGUCGUCUGGCCUUCAAGGUGAGUUCGAGACUUUGUUUUUUGAGAUUUUUUGGGUAAAAACUUGAUCUUUAUGAUGAUUUUCCAAUUUAAUAUGGUAUUUAAAGGUGUCAUACGAAGUUCUGGUCAUUUUUAGCUAACUUGAAGACAUUUUUCGUUCAGAUAUUACACUAGACAUCAAUUUUGGGGUAUUAGAAUAGACACUUGAUUUUGAUGAUUUUACAGUAGUCAAAGAUGGAAUUUUCAGAUGUCAAAAGAAUCAGAAUUUUUUGGAAUAGGUCACCAUGACGAAAUUUUUUAUUGAAAUUGCCAGAAAUGUGUCUUAAAUGACACUUGUCGGCGAAAUGUCACUUUUUUAUAGAGUUUGAUUUUUUUGAUGACUAAAACAUCUAGAAUGGUCUUUAGAAUUUAGCAAGGUCAUUGUUUAGAAUAGUAUCGAAAUUCCAAUUUUUAUUUUACUGACCCUUGACCUUGUAAUUUUCACUUAUUUCCCUCCGAUUUCAGGUCAAGUCGUCGAACAACGACCACUACCGCGUGAAGCCGGUCUACGGAUUCAUCCCACCCAAGGAGAAGGCCGCCAUCGAAGUGAUUCGCCUGAACGGCCCGCCCAAGGAGGACAAGUUGGUCAUCCAAUGGGCCGAGGUCCCCGCCGAGGAAGAUGACCCACAAGCCCCGUUCAAGGCGGGCGCUCAAGCUGGUGAAGUCAUCUUGCUCAUCAAGGCUGAAUAG